UUUCAUUUGCCUUCGGUAUUACAUCACCAAACGCAGCCUUACAUACAAACAACAUCAAGAGAAAAGAACUCGGCGGUGAGAUCAUGGCGUCGUCGGUGGUGAAGAGCAUCAUAAGCACGGUGAAGGAGAAGGGUCUCGGCGGCUUCUUCCGAUACCUCAAGGAUGAAGGAUACCGGAGGUGCCUUCCUGAUGGAAACCUAUUGCAAACCAAGAUCCAUAAUAUUGGGGCAACGCUCGUUGGUGUUGAUAAAUAUGGUAACAAGUAUUACGAGAAAACUGAAAACACACAGUAUGGAAGGCACAGGUGGGUUGAAUAUGCAGAGAAGACUAGAUAUAACGCUUCUCAGGUUCCUGCUGAAUGGCAUGGCUGGCUCCACUUCAUAACCGAUCACACCGGUGAUGAGCUUCUCCUACUCAGACCAAAAAGGUACGGUCUUGACCAUAAAGAAAAUUUGUCUGGAGAAGGUGAGGAGUUUAUCUAUCAUUCCAAGGGACAUGCUCUCAAUCCAGGGCAGAGAAACUGGACCAGGUACCAACCAUGGGAAUCCACGACCAAACCGUGAAUAUGGUUCAGCUUUCAGUUGCAGAUGUAUUGGGUCGGAUGUUUGUUUUUCUUUCGUCCUGACAAAUUGUUUGAAUUCAUUUCAUGAAAUGGAAAACAGUUUUUACUUUUUUAACAAUAAACGAAUUAUUAGCUGUGAUAACAGACAAACUCAUUGGUAAAUUUAAACAUUUUCUAUAUACUGUUACCAAUCGGUAUGUAUGAACUGUGAUAUGUUAAAAACAAUCUUUUGCUUUAUUAUCUAUAAUUUGUUGAAGCAUGUUCUUUAA